AACGCUUUUAUUUUAUUGAUUUUACAGAUAUAUUUCUCAAAUAUCAGCUGCUAUUUUCUCGAUGGCUUUGGAGACUUGUCCUAAGGACCUCCGCCAUUUGCGGGCAUGUCUUCUGUGCUCUCUCGUGAAGGUAAAUGCUAGCUAGCUAGCUAACGUUAGCAAAGUCGACCACUUGCUUUCUUCAACUAGCAAUGGCAUACAUUCGUAGACGCUAGCUUACCUGAGAGGUUUUCCUAGCUACUUACAAUUUAUCGAACGAAACGUUUUAAAAAGCUUGCUAAUAUCUAUUAAACGCAAAGUUUGCUGAAAUGUUUGUGUAACGUGCUAACAUGACUAGCUAACCAGUUAGCCAUGUGUAUUCAUUGAAUCCAUAUUUCUCCUGUCCCUACAAAGACUAUUGACCAGUUUGAAUAUGAUGGCUGUGACAACUGUGAGUCGUACCUUCAGAUGAAGGGGAAUCGAGAGAUGGUCUAUGAGUGUACAAGUUCCUCGUUUGAUGGGUAAGUUCUCUACUUGUAAUUGAUUACUUUUCAGAGAUGGGAGAUUGAUUUAGUGCCCGUUCUAGACAGCGAGUGUGCGCUAAUUGAUAAAGUAUUCGGUCUCUGUUUACAGGGUCAUAGCCCAGAUGAGCCCUGAGGACAGCUGGGUGGCCAAGUGGCAAAGAAUCAGUAAGUUUAUCCUGUUGGUCAGACGUUCUUUCAAACGUCUCCUUGAAGUUUCAUUUAAUUAUGUUGUAAUACAUAAUAAAUAUAUGCCAUUUAGCAGACACUUUUAUCCAAAGUGACUUAGUCAUGCGUGCAUACAUUUUACAUAUGGGUGGCCGCGGGAAUCAAACCCACAAUCCUUGCGUUGCAAUGGACAUGCUCUACCCACUGACCCAUACAGGACUGCCUAUAAUGUUCUAAUGCUGUUUUGUAUUUCACUUUUCCUGUUCAGGUAACUUCAAGCCUGGUGUCUAUGCUGUGACGGUGACAGGGAGGUUACCUCCAGGUAAUUACAUUUACAUUUUAGUCAUUUAGCAGACGCUCUUAUACUAUCCAGAGCGACUUACAGUUAGUGAGUGCAUACAUAAUUUAAAAAAAAAAAAAAAUCAUACUGGUCCCCCGUGGGAAACGAACCCACAACCCUGGCGUUGCAAACGCCAUGCUCUACCAACUGAGCUACACGGGACUUGUCGUGUUCAAAGUCAGUUAGUGUAUAUUCUCAACCGUCUACACUAUAGGAUCCAUUGAGAAAAUGUUGGCAUAUGUGGUCAAAAUGGUGUUAUGUGGUCAAAAUCAGGAAACAAACAGCAGAAUCCUCUUGGGUUCUCAGGCUGCUGUCAUUGAAUCCCAUCCACUGUGUGAACUUCUCUCAGCGUUGUUCUUCUUUCUUACCUGCAGGGGUGGUGAGAGAGCUGAAGAGCAGAGGAGUGAUCUACAAAUCCAGAGAUACAGCUGUGAAGACAUAAGCCUGAUCAUUACCUCUCUAUGGGGACAGACAGUCAUCGUCAGCACAGCCUCAUAAUGCAACAACAUAUCCAUAAACACAGUCUGUGGAGACAGUCGUUAAUGGGUCUUCUGUUUGCCAAACACAAGUGCAAAGUCUGUGAUUUUCAUUAUGUGUAACGUCUCAUAGAACUGUCUUGUUUUAUUUGGGUAAUAUGUCGAUUUGUUUUCAAUGGGAUGGGUUCACUCUGCUAGAAUAGACGUUCUCAUAUUCUGUUAUAAUUUUUUUUCAAUAAUUGUAUUUACAAACCCGGAGUGUAUUUAUCAUAAACUCUCUAAAGUUCUUUUUAUAAAAAUGUAAUCUCUGGCAUUGGUCUUCAAUUAAUCCACUUGACAUCAUUACACCCCACAGUAGCAGCCUCAAACAGUAUACAAUACAAUCAAUCACAAGAUGGGUCUG